GCCCGGCGGGGCGGAGCUGGCGGGGCAGGGGGGGGGGGUUGGUUUUCGAUCUGUGCAAGAUGGUGCGGAAGCUGAAGUACCACGAGCAGAAGCUGCUGCGGCGGCUGGAGCUGGUGAGCUGGGAGGCGGCGGCGGGGAGCCUGGCCGAGGUGAGGGCUGUGCGGCGCUACCGGCUGGCUCGGCGGGAGGACUACGUGCAGUACAAGGCGCUGGCCCGCAGCGUGCGCGCCUUGACCCGCCGCCUCCGCGACCUGGGCCCGGCCAGCGCCGCUUUCCGCGCCCGCUGCGCCGCCGCGCUGCUGGAGAAGCUGCACGGGCUGGGGCUGGUGAGCAGCCGGCGCUCGCUGGCCGUCUGCGAGAGCCUCUCGGCCGCCGCCUUCUGCCGCCGGCGCCUGCCCUGCCUGCUGGUGAAGCUGCGGAUGGCCCAGGACCUGCGCCACGCGGUCACUUUCGUGGAGCAGGGGCACGUCCGCGUGGGGCCCGAGGUGGUGACCGACCCCGCGCUCCUCGUCCCCCGCGCCGUCGAGGACUUCAUCACCUGGGUGGACGCUUCUCGGCUCCGGCAGAAGGUGCUGGACUACAACCAGGAGCGCGACGACUUCGACCUGGCUGCCUAAGGGUGGCCUCGCCCUGCCCCUGCUCUGCCCCUCGGGAAGGAACGCGGGACGGGAGAGCCGCGGACGCUGCCGCCAUCGGGUGCUCACCCCCCUCCCAACACACCUGGGAGGGAGGAAACGUGCUUCUGGUGAAGUGUUGCCCAGCUCCGAGCUCCCCUGAACCGCUAACAACGCCAUUGAUCCACGUGGAGAAACGUCCCUUCCACAUCCGUUGCUCCAAGAAAACACCCGAGAGCCCAGCUCCAUCCAACUUCCAUCCCGUAAAGUGAAAGCGCUUGGGAAGGUCUCCUGCCUGAUCGCUCGGCUGCUAAUAAUAGCUGCUGGCAGGGGUUGUACCUCUGGCUGGGUGGCUGUUUUAAGGACUGAGUUUGGCAGCUUCGCUGCUGCACUUCGGAGAGGUUGCCCGGCCGGUUCCUGCUGCAGCUGCUGGGUGUGUGGUCAGCAGAGCUGGACACCCAGGAACGUGCACAUGGGGGAAAUGCAGGGCUUGUUUGGGGUCAGCAGUAACCAAGGAACACCCACUACUGCAUUGCUGGAACUGUAAAACUUUUAGCCAAAACCAGAUUAUUAUUCUUCUUUUUUAAAGUUGUAAAGGGAAGUUGGAUACUCUGAGUUAAUAUCUUUGCUGAUAAUUAGGCAUAAUUUGCAGAGCAGGAUCUAACUGGGGAGCCACUGGAGCAAAGCUUCUCCUCGCCAUCGCUGCACAUCUGGGGGGGACUUGGGCAUUAAUAAGCCAAACAAAAAUCAGUACCUGAGGGGGACCUCAGGCCUUCUGGGGCUGUUGGGAACUUUACUCCCCUUUGAAAUAAAGAGCAGAAAUAAAAAAUAAAGCAGUUGUUUUAAGUUGCUAAAGAAA